UUCUCUCUUAAUUAAUUUCAAACUUUGGUCGGAAUCGGACGUGUGCGCGCCCUGGAAGGAAAAAGUGGAAAAGUGUGUGACAAAGUGCAAAUAAGCCACAACGCGCAUGUGAAAAAUCAAAUUUAAUUGAGAAGCAUCAAAAAUUCUAUACAUAUCGUGCAUACCCACAUCGCCGUAUGUGUGCGUGUGCCAGUGAUAGUGUGGUUUUCGUUUUCGCCGUGGAAAAUAUAAAAAACUGAAUGAAAAACUGAGUCGUCAGCCAGUUAGCAAAUUGGAAAAGAGUAACUCACAUCGGGGACACGCAGAGGUGUCUCGAAAAAGACUGAACAAAGCGGCAGCAGGAUAAACGGUUUUCCCAACCAGCGCACCCAGCGGGAAAAUCUUAAGGGGAAAGAAAAGCGGCCAGCAAUCGUUACACUGUUUCGCGCGGCGGGGAAUGGUAUAUUUCUUGGGGGAUUGGGGCAUGGGAGAUUCUGACUUGUCGUCAUAUCAGCAACAUGUUCCAAAUAUACAACAGCCGCAACGCAUUCAUGGACAUGAUCUACUCUUGCAACAGCAGCAGCAGCAGCAGCUCCCACAGCAGCAGCAGCAACAGCAACAACAGCAGCAGCAGCAGCAGCAACAACAACUUGUGGCACAAAUCUCCAGUAGUUUAAGCCAGUUGCAGCCGCAGUUGCAGUUUGCCAGUGGCUCCAGCUUCCUGCCGCAGGGCACCACAACUCCCUCGCAAUCGCAGCAGCAACAUGUUGGCCCUGUCAGCAGCAGCAGCCUCGUAACUGCCAAUCUCCAGCAGCUGUCGGUGAGCAGCAGCAACUCCAGCAGCAGCAGUAGCAACAACAACAGCACCAACGGCUGCAGCACUCCCACCAAACCGCAGCAGCAGCACCAGCAGCAGCAACAACACUUGCUCCCAGAAGCAGCUGGUCAUGUUGCCGCCAAGUCGAACAAGAACCCGCAGCUGAGCAAGGAUCUCCUGGACAAUGAGGAUGAGGUGGCGUUGCACCCACUCUCCAACCAGGUCGGAGGACACACUCGCCUGUUGCUGCUCAACCAGUCGACGGUGAUAAAGCCGCUGAACCUGCGCGAAUUGGACUUCUACCAGAACAUUCCGCAGGACAUACUGAAGUUUGUGCCCAAGUACAAAGGCGUCAUGCAGGCCACCACCAUGGGCGGAGCCAAGCUGGACAAACGCUACUCGCCCAGUUUCCGGGAUGAAGCCGCCGCCGUUCCCGUCCGCAAGAUGAGCGCCUCCAAGAGGAAGCGGGAUGAGGUGCUGAGAAUGAAGGUGCACAAGAAUGGACAGGCAGCCGAGGUGAUCAAGAGCAUCUCACAACUGGACAACUCCAAUAAGCAAUACUUUCUUAUGCUCGAGAACAUCACCUCGCAGUUUCGGAAUCCCUGCAUCCUCGAUCUGAAGAUGGGUACCCGUCAGCAUGGAGACGACGCCUCGGCGGAGAAGCGCUCCAAGCAAAUGGCCAAGUGCGCGGCCAGCACGUCGGGAUCACUUGGCGUUCGGCUGUGCGGAAUGCAGACCUACCUGGCCGAUCUGGAGCAGUAUGCCAAGCGUGACAAGUACUGGGGUCGCGAGCUGAACGAGAGUGGAUUCAAGACGGCGCUGCACGACUUCUUCUACAACGGCUACCGUCUGCGUAUUCGUGUCAUCCGCAAGAUCCUGCAGCGUCUGCUGCAGUUACGCAGGGUGAUUGAGAAGCAGUCGAGCUAUAGGUUCUACUCCUGCUCAUUGCUCAUUGUGUAUGAGGGCUUCGAGGAGAAUCCGAUGGCUCACCCGCCCUCGAUGAGCUUGGAUGAGUGGCCGGAGGCACCUAAGUCGGCUACCGUGCCUGGCACCGUCUUCGACUAUCAUCCGGAGAACAGCAUUGAUGAGGACGAUCUGGAGGAUGAGGACGAAGCGGGACACGAGGCUGGCGAUGAGCUGGAGGCGCACGACACCGACGAGGAUCUCCAUUUGGUGGCAGCCGACAGUGGAAACGCUUCGGCCACGAAUAGUAGCACUGGAGGCGAUGCCUGCAACUACGAUGCCGAUGCCUCCAACGACUCCAGCUCAUUGCUCAAUCUGGCAACAAGGCGGCACCUGCACAAGCGUGGAUUUGCCGAGGCAGCGGCGCGUGGGGUCAAGCAGACGGCGGCCAACAACACCACCACCGACGAGGAGGAGGAGGAAGAGCAUCCGGCUGCCAUGCCACCGCCGCGCAGCUGUGGUGUUAUGGCCGCCAAGGCGGCAGCAUCGGCAGCUGGACUGGCCGGCAAGGGCCAGGGCGCAUUCAUUCCAAUCUCCGAAGAGACAGUAUUCCUGGACCCAGAGCCAGCGCUGCCCAGCGUGACAACCUCAUCGCCACAUUCCGGUGACUCGUGGAUGAACUACAGCAGCAAUAGCAGUGAUGACUUCUCUGGUUUAUCCGAGCAGAUCAAGGCUGUGGCCAGUGGGCGGCAGACUUGCAACAACAGCAGCGAUGACGCCAGUUCCGACUAUGAGAGCAGCAUCAUUGGGCCCACCGAGGCCAUGUUCAAGCGCUACAAGUCGCAGCAAUCCUUUGACGCCGCCGCAGCUGCCGAAUCCGCCUCCUCCCCGCCCCUCACUGCCGGCAACUCAAGCGUCUCCAAUGGCGGUGCCACCGUUCGUUCGCUGGUCUCCCCCGCCUCAUCCAGCGCCUCCUCACUGAAAUCGGUUAAGGGUGCAGUGAAGCGACUGCGCUGCAAUGAAGACGAUCAGCAGUCAGCGGCCCUUGGUGAAUGCGACUCGCGAGAGGCCAAGAAGUCGACGAUUACAUCGACACCCGUGUCAGCCGUUUCCUCGCCAGCUAAGACCGCCCCGCAACUGCGAAGCUGCGAGAGCAUAUCCAACCCGCAAUCCUUGCUUUCGGGCCUGCUCCACGACUCCCUGGACAACAACAACGAGCAGCAGCAUCGCAAUGCGGCACUGCUGCAGCACAGCUCCAAAUCGCUGGACAUGUCGGCACCGCCUACAGAUGACAACCAGUGUUUCGUGGACGUGCGCCUCAUUGACUUUGCCCACACGGCAUUCGUGCCGCGCAAUGGCAGCAUGCUGCCCACUCCGGCUGCCGCCCCGGUGCACCAUGGACCCGAUGGCGGAUUCCUCACUGGCCUGGACAGCCUCAACCGCCUGCUCAACGAGAUUCUGGCCGAAGAACGCAUCUAAGGGGACAAAAUGAAACCAAGAACGGAAUGGAAUAUGAAUUUGAAUGAGAGAACUGGGUGGAACACAAGUUAAAAGUACAAUUUGAUUUCAGAAUACCUAAAUUGUUGUAGCAACAUGCGUUAAAUUAUGAAACAAAAUCAACUAAUCUUUAGAAAUUCGAAAUGUGAUUCAAACAAACCUAUUUAACAACCGGAUAUAGCCCCUAACUUUUAACUUUUAACCGACGAGUAACAUUAAGUACAGGGCGGAGCGUGUUCCCCCGAUUUAUCGCAGCAUUUGUGGAGAGGACAAGGAGAGAAGAAUUUAAAAUUAAUUUGUGAACAAGUCGCUUCCAAAAGUAGAUGAAGGUAAAUAGUUUGUUAGAUUGAUUGAUUGUGGAUUCUGCAUUUCACAUCCAAGAUAUGUUGUUCGGCGAAAGUGCAUAUAAUUUAACCUUUUGUAAGAGUUCUCGUGUAGCACACAUUUAUAUGUAUAGCGCGAGGACUUUCGGAUCGAGCGUUUUUAUACCUAGCCAUUACAAUACAAUGCAAAAUGACAAAACGACAAAGCGUAAUGAUCAGUAUUUCGUUGUAUGUAUCUAUGCUUAAAGUCUUAGCCCGUUUCCUUUUCCAAUUGUAGUGACAAAGUUUCAAAGAGCCAGAGUUUACUAUAUAUACUAUAUAAAAUACACGCAAAAACACUUUUUUAAGUUAACGAUUAAAGAGAGAAACGCUAUUAAUAUAUAGAUCCUACAAAUAUUACUAUUACUUAUUGUGUAACUAGAGAAUUAAAUGGAAAACAAUUUAUGUAUAUUUUCACUUAAGCACGUUUAAAAA